CGCACCAAAGAACAUAUAACAAUCUACGGUUGCAGUCUCGUUAUUUUACCGUGUCGUGCAAUCAUCAUUGCUGAAAAUGAACUCUUAUCAGCAGAUUCAUAACCAAGGACAUCCGAAAUUCACACGCAAACUGUGCAAACCAAGCGCAAGACAUAUGUCCACUCGAAGGUGGGCUCAACCGAGUACGAGGAUAAAGGUGGUGCCUGUGCGUAAAAAAAAUGCAAGGUGGCGCGAAGAAGUCGAGGGGUUCACGUGGGACAUGAAUCUCACCGAGGAUAAGCAGAAAAAUGAAUAUCGCAAGUAUGUUGAGGACAAUAUUGGCGAGGAUCUCCAGGCGGAGAAGCUUUGCGUGUUCGGUGUGGAAAAUACGACAGAUAUUCUCCGAGCUGCUGUCGAGGGUUCCAACAUUGAGCUCCGGGGUCGCACUGAUCUGCUUAUACUUAGUGAUAUCGUCAUGGAGAGUGCGGAUUAUGUGCACGACUUGCAGGAUGCUGAUUGAAGUGAAGAAAACGGUUGAAAGACGUUCUGUCUUCCAGGCGAUGUCAGAGCUUAUUGCUCUGGAACUGAUGGCUACCGACCCAGUGGUCGCCCUGCUUACUGACUUUGGUUCUUUUGGGUCGCCGGAAAGGAGAACAGUACCACUUUCGUGAACAGAGUGACCAUUACGAAUCCAGGUGAAGCAUUCGAGUUGAUAAGGCAGCUGUUGAAUCCUAAUGCUACUACGGAUAUUACGACCUCAGUCCCUGUGAAGCGUCAGAAGCUAUCCCGGGUGCUGCCGUCAAUCAGCGAGGCUAGUGGAAGUAGCGGGAUUUGUGAGAGUAUCGAACGAUACUAUGACAUCGCCAGCUGCUUGGGCCCCGACUUUGACAUGGCGCGAGCUGUGGCUAGACAGGUCACUCGAUCUAUUCCCACGUUGACUCAGAUAAUAAUUGCUUUGACAUGUUUCAUUAAGUUUUUUUUUAUCCUGAUAAAUAUAAAGUUAUUAAUAUACUAACCAUGGCGUACUCACCUGAACAAUACCUCGCUAACAUAGAGCGGAUCAAGGCGGCGCAGAAGCGCUACUAUCAGCGCACACGUGGAGAAUGCUUGUCAUACCAAAAGAGCUCUGCGUCAGCCCAAAACCGAACUUAGCGAAUCUGAAAGCGAACUUAAUAAUGAAACC